CUUCUUCCACCACUGUUGAGUCCACCAUGUGUGUAAGUCACUGAUCACAGGUACUACCAUCCACAUUACACUCCACUAACUACAGUUCCUUGCUGUAAUAACACCAGUGUUGCUUUGGAGGGCAGCAGCCGCUUUUAAUGUAACCAGAAGAAAAACGCAGAGGAAGAAAGCACUUCCUAUGGUGGAACAAUAUUGUGUUUAUGAAAAUCUAAACCAUAAAAAGUCGUUUGUAUAGUCGGUUGUCAGUGUCGAAACUUGACAGAAGAAGUUGGCAAAACGUGACCUUAAUGCUCCGGUUUUAUCAGCCAUUUAAUACGCGUUUAACCACAAAUGUUAGCUGACAAUUCCUCUGCGGGUCAGCUCGCCUGUGGGGAUGGCGAGGAGGAGAAGGAGCUGCCUUUGUAUGAGUCAAAGGAGCAGAGUUUUAAAGCGGUACCAGAGGGCAACAUGACCAUCUCCUCCAGGUUCCUGCAGGCUGAACUGGAGCUGAACACCCACCUCCGCCAGCUCAGCUUCAGCGAGCCUGUCCGGUACAUCUACAACCCGCUGGAGUACGCCUGGGACACCCACCGCUGCUACGUGGAGACGUACUGUCGGGCCGGACAAAGCAUCCUGUUUUUAGGGAUGAAUCCUGGACCUUUCGGCAUGGCACAGACAGGGGUGCCCUUUGGUGAAGUGAAGUCAGUUGUCGAUUGGCUGAAGAUCACAGGGGAGGUCGGUCAUCCUCAAGACGAGCAUCCGAAGCGACGGAUCACAGGGCUCGCCUGCCCUCAGAGUGAAGUGAGUGGCGCACGUUUCUGGGGCUUCUUCAGAAAGUUGUGUGGUGAACCUGCACUGUUCUUCCGCCACUGCUUCGUGCACAACCUUUGCCCACUCAUUUUCAUGAGUACCAGUGGGAAGAAUUUAACCCCCCCAGAGCUGCCUGCUGGUGAGCGGGAUCAUCUCCUGAAGCUGUGUGACAUUGCGCUGUGCCAGGUGGUGGAGGCUCUGGGCGUCUCCAUGGUGAUUGGUGUUGGACGGGUGGCAGAGCAGCGGGCACGGCGAGCUCUGACUGCUGCAGGUAUUAACGUGCGAGUUGAGGGCAUCAUGCAUCCGUCCCCCAGGAACCCACAAGCCAAUAAGGGCUGGGAGGCAAUAGCCAAAGCCAAGCUGGCAGAACUCGGUGUCCUAUCACUGCUGAACAACACAUCAGCUAAUCAGCCUCCUUAGCCUUAUCAAUAGUAGUGUGGAUUGCCAUCCCUCAAUGGACAAUGGAUCAGCAUGCAAGGAGUUCCAACAAGAGACUCGGUAUAUGCAGAAUGUUCUAAUGAGUUUUUAAUACACUAAUGCCUUCCACCUCUGUCAUCGCUCAUGCUGUAAACACAUCUGUUCAUCAACUUCAAUGUUUUCUUCUACUGUAAAGAUCUGUUUGUUUUUAGAUUUCUUUGCUUUAUAGGACAGUGGACAGAGCAUUGCACUAGGAUUUGGGACCUUCAGAAAUACUUCUACACUAAUGUAAACAUAAUAAAUGCUGGAUAUAUGUAUACAUUUAUACCCAAAGUAUAAGCUCAGGCUGUUUGUGAAUAUUCAGUGUUUACGCAUUUUUAAUUGGUAUUGAUAGACUGUAUUUUGGAAAAGAAAUUUCAUGUAAUUGGUCUUGUAUAGAGAAGAGCUCUAUAGAAACACCUUCUAAACAUAACAAUGAAAAAGGAAUUUCAUAAUACAGUGAUGUUGUUGCACAUAUUAUACAUAAUUGACCUUCAAAAUGUAUUAGCUUACAUAGUCUAACAAUCACGGACAGAACUAGUCUGUGAUAUUCCUCUGAAGAAGAAUACACAACUUACUUUCUGUAAGCUUUGACUGGUUACAUUACAAAGUUCAGAAAUCCUGUCAUGACAAUGAAGCUUUUGUAAAAAUAGAGUUGUAAGCACUGUUCAUGUUGGACCACUGUACAAGAUGAUUCAUUUGUAUUCUUUUUUAAAUGUCUUUUUUUUAAUCACAUUUUUUUUUUUACAAUAUUGUGUAUUAUUGUGCUGAGCACUUGA